UCCCCCACAACCCUCCUCCACUGCUCUCCACUUCUUCACCCACAGGAAGCCCACACAUCUUCCAUCUCAAAGAUGCUGCCACUGCUUUUUCUGCCCCUGCUGUGGGCAGGGUCCCUGGCUCAGCGUUCAAGAUUCUGGUUGCAAGUGCCAGCGUCCCUGACGGUGCAGGAGGGCCUGUGUAUCUCCGUGCCCUGCAGCUUCUCUUACCCCUUAUCCCUCUUACCCCUCUGGACUGAGUCUUUCCCUGCUCUUGGCUACUGGUUCCGGGAAGGGGCCAGUGUAGAGCAGGAUGCUCCAGUGGCCACAAGCAACCCAGAUCGAAAAGUGCAGGAGGAGACCCAGGGCCGAUUCCACCUCCUCGGGGACCCCCGGGACGACAACUGCUCCCUGGACAUCAGAGAUGCACAGAGAAGGGACUCGGGGACAUACUUCUUUAGGGUGGAGAGAGGGCCUUAUGUGAAAUAUAAUUACCUACAGAACCAGCUCUCCGUGCGUGUGACAGCCCUGACCCGCACACCUGACAUCCUCAUCCCGGGGACCCUGGAGUCUGGCCGCCCUGAGAACCUGACCUGCUCUGUGCCCUGGGCCUGUGAGCGGGGCACGCCUCCCAUCUUCUACUGGAUGUCAGCGGCCCUCACCUCCCUGGGCCCCAGGACCCACCUCUCCUCAGUGCUCACCCUCACCCCACGGCCCCAGGACCAUGGCACCAACCUCACCUGUCAGGUGUACUUCCCUGCAGCUGGUGUGAUGGUGGAAAGGACCGUCCAGCUCAAUGUCACCUGUGCCACACAGAACCCAACAACUGGUGUCUACCUGAGACACACCACAGGUAGGAAGGAGUCUCCUCCCAGGGUAUAGAGAGUGGGGCUCUUCAAAGCUCAGCCAGAUUUGGGUCCCUGCAUCUUUCUAAACUCACCCUGGUUACCAGGACCCCCUAUGUGUGAACUCAGUGUUUCCUCCCCCUCCCCAGCCCCCAUGGCCCUGUGAGCAGCUGUCCGCAUUGGCCCCCCCUCCCACCACAUCUGCACACACCACCCCCCCACCGGUAUCAGGAGAAGAGGAGAACAGGGCAACAUGCACCCAGCAGAUCUGACCCUUAUCAUGCAUCUCCUGAUGACUCCUCCUGGACCAUCUUUUAUUCUCCCUAAUAAUUGCUUAUUUAUGUACUUCUGAACAGGUAAUAUAUUCACAUAGACAGGCUUUCAAAAUGCACAGCAGAAUCUGUCUUCAGAUACCCAGUCCCCUCCUGGGAAGUGACCCGUGUCCACAGACUGCUCUGAGCCUUGGUGUGUUUGCCUAGAGGAUCUGAGGGUCCUCUGAUAUCAGUAGUGCAGACUGCCCUUGAUCUUCUCCUAGACUGUGGAGUCGAUCCAUCCCGUGGAUGGAUUCUGAUUCUAUGUGUGUCUUCUCCUAAUGGGAAAUCACAGCAUUCAUUUUAUUCUACUAACAGAAACACUGCAACACUGCAAUCCAUAGUCUUGCAUCUCAUUCUGUGUGUGUGUGUCUGUGGGAUACAUUCCUAAAACCAAAAUAGCUCGAUCGCAGGUUCUUUGAAAUCUUGAGAGACGGGACCAAAUUUUCUCCACAGAGGGUGGACAAGUUUAUGAUCCCAAUAGUCAGGGCUCAAAGUGUAUGUUUUCACCAAGCUUGCAUGGGAUGAAUGUUCUGAUCUUUGCCAGUACCAGGUGGCAACUGCUAUUUCCACCCAGUAUUUUUUAUGUAUAUGCAGUAUUAUUUCCUUGAGGAAAAAUUCACCUAAAAUGAACUUUGCCAUUUUAACCAUUUCAAAGUGCAAAACAUGUGGUUCUCAGGACAUUCACGGUGUUGUCGGACCAUCACCACUAGCUGACUCCAUCCACCCUGCACUGUCAUCACUCACCUCUUAGGUAGUCACUCCCCAUUCCCCCUCCUCCUGACCUCUGCAACCACGAAUCUGCCUUCUGUCUCUGUGGAUUUGCCUACUGGGGAUAUGUCAACUAAAUGAAAUCCUACAAACUAUGGUCUUAUGCAUCUGGCUUCUUUCAUUUUACCAAAAUGUUUUCAAGGGCCAUCCAUAGGGCAUGUAUGAGUACUAAUUCCUUUUUGUCUGGAUACUAUUCUACUGUAUGGAUGUACCACAUUCUAUCUAUCCACUGAUCGGGUGAUGGACAUAUGGGUGGUUUCUGUCUGGGGCUAUGAUAAUGCUACUAUGAACACUGAAGGACACGUUUUUGUUUGAACAUUCUUUUCAGUAUUUGGGAGCAUAUGUCGAGGAGUGGAAAUGCAUGGUCAAAGGCUAGUUUCUAUGUUUUAACUUUUUGAGGAUAAUGCCAGACUCUUUCCCACAGUGGCAGCACCCUAUUACAUUCCCACCAGCAGUGUGUGAGGGUUUCCAUUUCUACACAUUCUUCCCAACAUUGUUAUUUUCCUUUUCAAAAUAAUUAUAGCCUACCAAUGGGUGUGAGGGAAUAUCUCAGUGUGGUCUGGUUUGUAUUUACAUAAUGACUAAUGUUCAUUUUUACAUGGACGUAUUUGUCAUUGAUAUAUCUUCUCUGAAGAAACUUUUUAAGUCUUUUGCCCAUUUUUAAAGUGGAUUGAUUGCGGGCGCCUGGGUGGCUCAGUUGGUUAAGUGACUGCCUUCGGCUCAGGUCAUGAUCCUGGAGUCCCGGGAUCGAGUCCCACAUCGGGCUCCCUGCUCAGCAAGGGGUCUGCUUCUCCCUCUGCCCUCUUCCCUCUCGUGCUCUCUGUCUCUCAUUCUCUCUCUCUCAAAUAAAUAAAAUCUUAAAAAAAAAUAAUUAAAAAAAAAUAAAGUGGAUUGAU